AUGGGUCAACAAACCACUCCAUCAGGAGGCUCGCGAAAGAUCUCCUUCAACGUCUCUGAUCAAUAUGAAAUCCAAGAUGUCAUCGGUGAAGGUGCCUACGGUGUGGUCUGCUCUGCCAUCCACAAGCCAUCAGGCCAGAAAGUCGCUAUUAAGAAGAUUACCCCAUUCGAUCACUCCAUGUUCUGUCUCCGAACUCUGCGUGAGAUGAAGCUGCUUCGCUACUUUAACCACGAGAACAUCAUUUCUAUCUUGGAUAUCCAACGACCCCGCAACUAUGAGGCCUUCAGCGAAGUGUACUUGAUUCAGGAGCUGAUGGAAACCGAUAUGCACCGUGUCAUUCGCACUCAAGAAUUAUCUGAUGAUCAUUGCCAAUACUUCAUCUACCAAACACUCCGUGCGCUCAAGGCCAUGCACUCCGCCAACGUACUUCACCGUGAUUUGAAGCCCUCUAACCUUCUUCUGAAUGCCAAUUGCGAUUUGAAAGUGUGUGACUUCGGUCUAGCACGUUCGGCUGCAUCCACCGACGACAACUCUGGAUUCAUGACGGAAUACGUGGCGACUCGUUGGUACCGUGCCCCGGAGAUUAUGUUGACAUUCAAGGAAUACACCAAGGCUAUUGAUGUGUGGAGUGUGGGCUGCAUUCUGGCAGAGAUGUUGAGCGGAAAGCCUCUCUUCCCCGGAAAAGAUUAUCACCACCAGUUAACCCUCAUUCUGGAUGUUCUCGGCACACCCACCAUGGAAGAUUACUACGGUAUUAAGUCCAGACGAGCCCGCGAGUACAUUCGGUCCCUCCCAUUUAAGAAGAAGAUCCCAUUCCGUGCCCUCUUCCCCAAGAGCAACGACCUAGCCUUAGAUCUGCUUGAGAAACUGCUGGCUUUCAACCCAGCUAAGCGUAUCACUGUUGAGGAAGCUCUUCGUCACCCAUACCUGGAGCCCUAUCACGACCCGGAUGAUGAGCCAACAGCACCUCCCAUUCCCGAGGGAUUCUUUGAUUUUGACAAGAACAAGGAUGCAUUGAGCAAAGAGCAACUGAAGAUGCUGAUUUACGAGGAGAUUAUGCGGUAA